UUCACUACCCCUCCUCCUUCACCGGUUCCUGUUUCUAGGAAAAUAGUCUGUAACUUAGAUCUUCGUAUAAUCAUCUGUCAUCAAGAUGUUUAGACACCUUCUCUCUGUGAUAAUAGUGUCCAGGCUGUGCAGGACAGUUAGUGCCCAGAUCAGACUGGUGAAUGGAACAAGACAUUGCUCUGGCAGAGUGGAGGUCUAUUACAACAACGAGUGGGGAACAGUUUGUGAUUAUAGCUGGGAUUUGAAUGAUACUAAGGUGGUGUGUAGACAGCUGGGCUGUGGAAGAGCUCUACGUGCCCCAAUGAAUGCUCACUUUGGUCGUGGCAGUGGGAAGAUCUGGUUGGAUGAUGUUGGAUGUUCUGGUGGUGAGAACAGUCUGACACAGUGCUCACAUGAUGGAUAUGGAAAACAUAACUGUAAACCUGAAGAGGAUGCUGGUGUUGUCUGCACUGACACAACACCCCAUCUCUCCAUCUCCCCAGCCCACUCUGCCUUCUCUCCUGGAGAGGACAUCCUCUUCACCUGCUCAGUUCCGUCCCAGAACAGAACUUCUGUUCAGCUCCUCAGGCCUGGAUCCAUCAGAUCUGACAUGAUUGGUUCAGGACUGUCCAGCUUCACUUUCACCCUGCCCAGUGUGGAGCCAUCAAACCAGGGGAACUACAGCUGUCGCUACCAGACUCAGAUCAAUGGCCAGAUCACCAGCCCCUACAGUGACUCGGUCAGCAUCACCAUAGUGAGUCUUCCCCCGCCCAGCAUCUCCCUCACCUCCUCCCUGCCCCAGACCCUGCAGACCCUGCCCCUCUGGUUGGCCCGGGGAUCAGAGAUCAGAGGACACGGCUUCUCCAUCACCUGCUCCGUCUCCUCCCAGUAUCCCGGAGGCUCCUUCUCUCUGGUCUCCUCAGGUUCCAGCAGCACCAACCCCCAGCCCGCCCUCAACCAGUCCGCCUCCUUCUCCUUCCCCAGCGCGGAGGACGCGCACCAGGGCAACUACAGCUGUGUGUACAAGGUCGACGUCUCCGGGCGGAUGUUCUCCUCCACCUCCACUGAGGAGCUCUCAGUCACUGUCAGAGGUCUGGCAGCCUCCCUCACCCCCCUCCUGGUGUCGAUAGCUGUGGGUGUGGUCCUGCUGGUUGGCCUGGUGGCUCUUUUCCUGGUCUGCAGGAGAAGGAGAGGAAGACACACUCUCCCGAAGACCAACUUUAGAAUGCGUAAGCAGAGUGAUGCAGACCAAUAUGGAGGCAAAACGGCAGUAGGGGAUGAAGAGGAGGAAGAGGAGAACGACUAUGUUAAUGCUGAGGACGACUACGUGAAUGUGGAGGGCUUCACCUGUCAAGACGACUAUGAAGAUCAAUUCAACGACCAGACGGACCGCAAAGGUUCAGGUACCAUGAACCAAUAUGCGGAAGAGGCAUCUGAUGAAGAGGAAGAUCAUGUCGAUAAUGACUAUGAAAGUGUUGAUGAUGUUUCUGAGGGGAAUGUUUCUGAAGACAAGAACCAACAUGGAACCAUCAAUGAUGAAGAAGAUUGUGAUGAUGAUGAUGAUGAUGAUGAUGAUGAUGAUGAUGAUGAUGAUGAUGACUACGAGAAUGUUGAUAGUUCUGAGCAGAAUGUUUCUGAUGCCAAGAACCAACAUGGAACCAACAAUGAGGAAGAAGAUUGUAAUGAUGAUGAUGACUAUGUAAUAGUGCUGUCAAACGAUAAAAAAUAUUUAAUCAAGAUUAAUCGCAUUAAUGUAAUAGUUAUCUUGCAAUUAAUAACUUUUUUAAAGUAAAAUUUCCAUUCAGAAUCUUAUUGGCAUCCAUUUCGGCGUCUCGCGCUCGCCAUCCACUCAAAACGUAACGUUAGCCUUCUACUCUUUAGCCGGCUCGCAAGCUAAAACAAGUGUGUGCGGCGUGCCUGUUUUUUUGUUUCCGGUCUAACUAGAUCCAGUAUGUGAUGUGUAGUUGCAACAGCAUGUGAAAAAAACUACAACGUUUGCUAGGCCAAAAAGAACGUUAAUCGAGCGAUAAAAAAAAUUAAACGCCAUUAAAAUGGGUUUGCGUUAACGCCGUUAAUAAUGUGUUAAACUGACAGCACUACUAUGUAAAUGUUGAUGGUUCUGAGGAUAAUGUUUCUGAUGCCAAGAACCAAUCAAUCUAGAGCUAGAGCUAUCAAUGAGGAAGAGGAUAGUGAUGAUGAUGACAAUGCAAAUGUUGAUUUUCUGAGGAGAAUGUUGAUGGAAUACAAUAUUAGUUGUAACGGAUAGUCCACAUGACUGGACUGUGUAAAAUCUGCAAUAUUUAUGGCAGACUUCAGAUGUGUACAUUUGAUAUUGCUAUUUGAGGGAAUAGGUUUCAAAGGUUUGCCCAUUUGAAUCUCAACAAACAAAAAAGAGCCCUACUAAAGCAGACUUGGCAAAUCUUCACGUUUGUCAAACAGGCCCAUUUAGGGACAUUUCUAAUGGAUCCACUGUCUUACAGCUUGUGGUAUGAUGUGGAGGUUUCCAACAUAGACCUACUGCCUAUAUCACACGAGCAAAAAAAAAUAAACAUUUGAACUUUAAAGGCUGAUGUAAAUUACAUUCAUCAGUAGUGAAUGGUUAUGUCACAACAUGUCACAAAAGUUGGUAAUUUACAUUGUCUGAUACAGCGCAAUAUAGGACAUUGCAUCAAUUGUUUUAAAGCGUGUAAUGUAUUUUCUACAUAAUCUUUAUCAAUGUGUUGUAC